AUGGAGCAGCCUGACGAUCGUCUUCCAGCUCCGGACGGUUUGAACGAUGACUUUGAGGUCAGCGAAUCCCUUGUUCCCAUGCGGGACCUUAAAGCAGCCGAACAGAACACCGUCUCCUUUGAUGGUCUUUUGGCGGAGCCCUUAAUUCUCAAGGAGGAUCUCAAAGAAGGGUGCGGGGGCCAGCUUUGGCCGGCCGGUAUGGUGCUUGCAAAGUAUCUGUUACGGCGGCACCGCUCGGAUCUUUCGAACAAAACCAUAAUUGAAUUGGGAGCCGGUGGCGGGCUGGUGGGGCUUGCGGUUGCACGUGGUUGCAACAUCGGCAAACCCCCUCUAUACAUUACGGACCAAGCGCCCAUGCUCCCUUUAAUGGAAACGAAUAUUAAGAUCAACAACCUGGCCUCGACCGUUGUCGCCGGGGUGCUGAACUGGGGAGAGCCCAUUCCAGAUCUUAUCCCAAGCCACCCGGCCGUCAUACUUGCCGCUGAUUGUGUUUACUUUGAGCCAGCUUUCCCUCUGCUGAUUUCGACAUUGGGGGAUCUGCUGGGCCCGGAAUCCGUUUGCUAUUUCUGUUUCAAGAGACGCAGACGCGCCGAUCUUCGCUUCAUGAAAAUGGCUAGAAAGGCAUUCGAGGUGGAAAUUGUCACCGAUGACCCCGAGGCCGAAGCGUACGGGCGAGAGAAUAUAUCCAUCUUUUCCAUACGCCCUAAACAGAGUGAGGCAAGACCCUAG